UUUAAGCAAGUGUCUCGUCCAGCCGCUGCAUUAAAAGUCACCAGUCGAGAAGAUGGGAUCUUUGGUGCGCGUCUUACCCGCCCUCGUGGCAGCGAUAUCUUGUUUGACGGCGCUGGCCAUCGACAUCCCCGACCUGCGGUACCUCAAAGCCCACAACGACUAUGACCCCGACGGCCCCUACCACGAGUUCCUGGACUACUCUCCCGACCUCAGCGUCCAGGGCAUGGAUAACUCCAUUAGACGCGUCUGCUUAGCUGGGCAAUGGUUGUUGUACGACGAGCACUACUACAGCGGAUUUAAAGCUUUUUUUAGCGAUGUCAACCAAUGCCACAACCUGUCUUCCAGUUACUCUAUAUCUUCUCUGCGGUACGCGGGCAGCCCCUACGGCCUGGACGACGUCUACUACAACCUCUACGAGGGGGACUUAUGGACGGGCAAUGAAUUCAAAGGCAACACAAACACCCCGAACGUCGCCAACUUGGAUAUGAAAGUGUCCUCCUUGUCCAUUAGUGGACAAUCACCGUGGACUUUCUUCACGGGGCUGCAGUACGCCGGGGAGGCCGUGUGCGUGUACCCUACUUAUGUCACCAACAACGGCGGCAUUCUUUUGCAUCACAAUUCAAUUCCAACAAUAACAAACUUGGGCUUGUCGGACAACUCGAUCAGGUCGGUGGCCAAAGGCUGCCUCACCGACAACGUCUACAGGGGCGACCGCCCCCACCAGGGGGAGCGUGGAGACCAGGGUGGACAUUAGGACAUCAGACAAGUGCUGCAUGAUUAUCCUGCCUUGAUUAUUAAAUGAAUAUAUGAUUCCAAAUGAUA